AUGUGGAGUGAUGGUGCUUGCACUGCCAAUUACUAUAAUGGUCAACAACUUUAUGCAAGUGGUGAAAUUGAGAGAAGAGAAAAUUGUCAAGAAAUACGCUCAACAGCAUGGAGACCACGUUUGACUAUGCGUGAACAUCUAAUUUAUUAUUUGGUCCGUCGUGACAGUGCCUUUCUGCAACGCCUGCGGCAGUUCUCUUUUUCGGUUAUCCUUAAACGUGCCGAUUGA